CACAAUUUCUGUAUUUUAUCGCUCCGCUAAUCUGUGAGCGGAGCAACUGCAGCUCGGCUGGUGGUUGAAGUGGACGGCUAUAAACAGAAAACAAGGUUGUUGGAAUCCCUGAACACCAGUCAUGUCUGAGUUGAGUGGGAAGGUCCAGACCGUCCUGGGUCUGGUGGAUCCGGACCAGCUGGGCCGCACCAUGACCCACGAGCACCUGACCAUGUCAUUUGGGUGCGGCUACUUCCCUCCUCCUUCGGGCGACGAGGCGGUGGCAGAGAACCCGUUUCAGAUGCAGCACAUGCACUGGCUGAGACAGAACCCCUACAGCUGCCACGAGAACCUGCUGCUGCAGCAGGAGACCAGCGCUGUGCGGGAUGAGCUGCUGGCCUACAGGAAGGCCGGUGGGGGCACGAUAGUGGAGAACACCACUGUGGGCAUCGACCGGGACCUGCCCACCCUCAAGCAGCAUGCUAAGGACACCGGGGUUCACGUCAUAGCAGGAGCAGGGUACUAUGUGGACUCCACCCACACUGAGGCCACCAAGAGAAUGAGUGUGGAGAAGCUCACAGACACCAUCGUCAGCGAGGUGCUUCAUGGCGGCGACGGUACAGACAUCCGCUGUGGUGUGAUCGGAGAGAUCGGCACCGGCUGGCCCAUCACGGAGAGUGAGAUGAAGGUGCUGAAGGCCACAGCUCACGCUCAGAUCCAGCUGGGCUGCCCCGUUAUCAUCCAUCCCGGUAGGAAUCCCGAAGCUCCGGCUGAAGUCCUCCGGAUCCUUCAGGAGGCCGGAGGUGACAUCAGCAAAACUGUCAUGUCACACCUGGACAGGACUAUAUUUGAUGAUGGUGAGCUGCUUGAGUUUGCAAAGCUGGGGAGUUACCUGGAGUAUGAUCUGUUUGGAACCGAGAUGCUCAACUACCAUUAUAACCUGGAGGUGGACAUGCCCAGUGACAGCCAGAGAGUGAAGGCCUUGGCGUUCCUCGUGAAGGAGGGCUACGACGACAAGAUAGUGGUUGCACAUGACAUCCACACCAAGAGCCGUCUCACUAAGUACGGCGGCCACGGCUACUCUCACAUCCUCAACAACAUUGUGCCAAAGAUGCUGAUGAGGGGCAUCUCGCAGCGCCAGGUGGAUAAGAUCCUCAUCGACAACCCGAAGCACUGGCUGACCUUCAAAUAAAGCGAAAAGAGAGACCAAAGCGUUUUGAUUUAGCAAAUAUUUGUUGUGAAUGUUUGUGCAUCAAUUUGUCUUUAAUUGCAAAGCGCUUGAACUUUCCAGCGUAGCAAAAUGUUUUGUAAUGUAUUUGUAAUGGAAUAUAAUUACAGGCUGUUGAUUCAUCCAGCUGAACGAGUUUUUACAGAGGCCCUCAUUAAUUAAAACUUGAUUUUGUAUUUGUGAUUAUACAUUAUUCACUUUGUAAGCAAAUAAUAUGAAAGAGCCUCGCAGGAUAACAGUGCCUCUCAUUAGCAGUCUUGCUUUGGUCCCAUUUAUAUCGCAAAAAAUUGCUUCUUUUUUUUCUUGCCUGCAGAAAUGCGAAUGCAAUCUAAAACAAAUAUUUUCCUUUCUCUGGAGGUAUUUUCUACUGCGCUGCUCACAAAUAUGGUGCUGAUUGAUUUUUCAAUGUCAAUGUUGUUGCUUUCGCUGCAUUUUUAAGUGACAUUUCUGCAAACACGUUUUAGGGGAAUAAAAUAAUGAGCGUGGUAGUAAUCAGUAUGCCGCUCUGCUCUCGACACAAUGCGGCUGUGCUAGAUGAGUUGUCCUGUUGCCCCUCAGUGGGUGUCUGGGUGUCUAUGGGAGGCUGACUGGAUGAAGGACAUGUUCUCCUCUCAUCUGGGAACAGGUGGCCUCACAGGGUGACUUCACCACAUGAUCAAUGGCAUGAUCGCCACAAGUGACUGCGCGCCGUGGAAAAACUAUAUAACUUUGAUUAAUCUUCGUAGAGGAUUACAAAGUGAGCCGGCAAGGUUUAAUUUGACACGAUAGUUUGCACAUUAGCUGACAGUCUUAUGUGGAGGGGCUUCGCAAUCAGCAGGCAGAUCGAUGAACGUCGGGGAAACAUUUCUGUCAGUGUGACUGUCCAGUUUUUGUGAUGGUGACUAACCACCAGACCACCCUGUCGCCCCAACCAGCUGUCGUUUUGAGACACGAAAAAUGAGUUACAAAGAUGAUUUUGUCACAGUGCUUCAAUAUGAACAUCAUAAUGGCCCUUUUACAGAAGUGUUUGUAUGCUGCACAGAGUUUAAAUGUCAUUUUUUAUAAUCAUGCAUCACGACGGGCUUUUAACAUUUCUUCACUCAAAAUGCGACAACUAUCAAUUAUUUUUGAGAAAUAAAACACACAUGGACUAAUAA